GUUUCGCCGAGUGAAACUGAACACGGCAUUACGCGGUUACGUGAAGCGCUUGUGUGCUAACCGAGUUACCGAGCGAUUGUCGGAAAACGUGGUAUGAAUAUUGAUCUGUCGUGCAAACAUAGUUUGUGAAAAAAGUUGAUAAUGGGCAAGCGGUCGAUCGUGUUGUUCGUGCUGAUCGCAUGUGUUUGCACUCCUCAAGUGCAUUCGUUCGAUUUUGGCGGGCUGUUCAAAACGACCGGUGACGUCGCCAAGGUGGCAGCCAAAACGGCGAAGGGUGUGGCCGAGAGCAUACCGCAAAUUUUUUCGCCGCAGCAGCUGCUGGAGUUUAGUAAGCAGUCGAUCAUUGGCCUCCCGGCGGAAGCGAUUGCUGCCACGAUUAAUCAAAUAUGCUCUGUUGCGCUGCUGUCGAAUGCGACCGCAUCCGAGAAUUCGGUCAACAUAACCGACAUGAACUACAUCCUGAUGACCGAAGACAACAAUGUGACGAUACCACUGUUGGAGUCGGAUGAUCUGUGGAAGAAUGAGCUUUUCAAUAAAUCGUACGAUACGGUCAUUUUGGUGACCGGAUGGACGUCGAACGUGAACGAACCGAAUCGGGCCAUCGAUACGAUCUACAACGCGUAUAAGGCACGUGGCGGUUACAACUUCGUGGUGAUAGAUACAGCCGAGUAUGUGGACACGCUCUACACCUGGUCCGCGUUCAACACGAACGAUCUUGGCCAAGGUUUGGCGGAUGGGUUGAAGGGAUUGAUCAAAUACGUGCCGCUGGAGAAGAUUCACCUGAUAGGCCACAGUUUGGGUGCACACAUCGUUGGUGCUGCUGGAAGAUACUUCCAAUACAAAACGAACAAAACGAUUCCCCGAAUUACGGGACUGGAUCCAGCAAAUCCUUGCUUCAAUGAAGGAGAAUCACUGAGUGGCAUACAGCGCGGUGAUGCCGAUUUUGUGGACAUCAUUCACACCAACGCCAAGGUGUUGGGCAAGCGUGAUCCGAUAGGUGAUGCAGAUUUCUAUCCCAACGGCGUUGUCUCUGUCCAACCCGGAUGCAUAGAUCCGUCGUGUUCUCAUAAGCGCGCCUGGGAGCUGUAUGCUGAGACGGUGUAUCCUGAAACCGAAAAGAGUCUGCUGGCCGUGAAGUGCAAUUCCCUGCUUUCGCUCACUACUGGUGGCUGUAUUGGGAAUCCGGUCCCUCUUGGCUUUGCCUGUCCCAAAACGGUCAAAGGAAACUUUUUUCUGAAGACAAACGACAAAUCACCGUUCGCUUUAGCUUCGUAACACCUUUUCGCGAUUAAUGUUGAUGCAGGUAUCACGGGUAACUUUUCUGUUGUUUAGUAUGUACUAGAGUUACAGCUUACGUUAUGGAAUGAUGUUUUUAUGAUUGUUGAACCGUUGUACUGAAAUGAAAAGGUUGCACUGGCACUGAUAAUGCACAGCAAAUUAAAAUAAAUUGAAUU